AUGUCGUCCGCACGCCCUAAACCCACAGAUCUCGAGCAUCACUUCUCCCAAACGUCAAAGAAGAGGGCGCCGAAUGUACUCAAGGAGUACUACAAGUAUCUUCGGAUACCAGAGAUGGGAAAUUUAGCCGGUGGCCUCCCCAGUCCAAGUUACUUCCCUUUCAACAACGUGGAUCUUUCGCUAUCCAACCCGGACUCACUUGGUCCCUCGAAAUAUUCUGAGGCGGCAGGGGGGCAGACACCCCAACUACGCAUCCCUCGACGCGGGGACGAGCCGGGAUCCGUCCGCAACGUUGACCUGACCACCGCGCUCCAAUAUGGAAGCGCCUCGGGCUUUCCCCCGCUCUAUGCCUGGUUGAGGAAGCUUACCACUACUAUCUACCACCCGAACAUUCCGUAUGACGGCGACGCUGACAUUAUCGUCAAUGGUGGAUCGGCGGAUGGGCUUUUCAAGGUCUUUGAACUCUUAUUCAAUCCUUGGGAUAAAACUUCUGGUGAUGCGCGGAAUCGCGAGGGCUUGAUCGUGGAAGAAUUUGUGUAUGGGCCUCCAAUCGCUCAGCUCAAGCCCAAGGAUGUGAACAUCGUACCGGUUGCAAUGGACACCGAGGGAAUGCUGGCAUAUGGUACGGGAAGUCUCUGCCAUGUCCUUGAGACAUGGGAUUCCGAAUUAGGGAAGAGGCCCCAUGUUGUUUAUCUUGUUCCAACCGGCCAAAACCCGACAUCCGGAGUGCUUUCUCUGCCACGGCGGAGGGAAAUCUAUGAUAUCUGCUCGCGGUUCGACCUCGUCAUCGUCGAAGGCGACCCGUACUGGAACCUGUACUAUCCAUCAACAUCCACCACGCCCAACUUCCCUAAAGACCCGAACCAUAACUAUUGCGUACACGACCUGCGGGGCAAGUCGACAGGCUACGCUUUCCUCGACGAGCUCGUCCCGAGCUUUUUGAGCCUUGAUAAUGACGGCCGCGUCAUACGACUCGACUCCUUCUCCAAGACCGUCGCGCCCGGUUGCAGGCUUGGAUGGGUCACAGCGCAGCCGAGUGUGUGCGAGAAGCUCUUUAGGAUCACGGACGGCACCACCCAGCAACCCUCCGGCUUCGUGCAGGCCAUCGUCACGCAGUUGAUUGGUGAUUUCGGUAGGGACGGCCCCGCUGAGACCGCGAUUUCGGUGCAGAAACCCGGCGGCUGGGGGGUGGGCGGCUGGAUUAAUUGGCUUGAGGGCUUGCGAUUCACCUAUCAACGCCGGAUGGAGAAGAUGGCUGCAAUCUUGGAAGAGAAUAGGUUCUUGGGGAUAGGCGGAGUUCAGACUGAGAUGUUCUCGUUCCAGCGGCCCGCGGGUGGCAUGUUUAUCUGGGUCAAGGUGAACAUCGGCAGUCACCCGCUAACCUCUAUCAACCCGCGCCGAUUAAUGCAGGGGUUGUGGGUUCACUGCACCCAGCACCCAUAUUGCAUACUGGUCGUCCCGGGCGGGGAUUUUGCAGCCAACCAAACCAUCAAGAGGGACCUGGGGUACGUUUUCUUCCGCUUCUGCUUCGCAGCGGUGGAGGAGAGCAUCCUAGAGGCCAAGUCGCGAGCAUUCGCAGAGGCCUGCGAAAGUUAUUGGGCCAUUACUGACGUCAAGGUCAUCAAUGAAAUCUUACACGAGGAGGACCUGGCCAGACAGAUGUACGAAGCCGGAUAUGACGAUACCAGCUUUGAUCGAGAGGUUGUUCACAGAUGGUAA